UUGCCAACAUGUCAUCCUUUUGGCCGGAAUCGGGUGUGUAAAUCCUUCUUGCCGAUAAAUAAAUGGUGUGUAAACAGUAAAAGUAACCAGCUAUAGUGAUCCAGAAUGAUUAAACUAGACUCACUGGUAGAAGACUGUGACAUCAGUACCCAGGAAGGCAUCGACGAAGUAUGCCGAAAAAUAACGUCCAAAGAGAAGGAAAUUGACUCCCGUCUCGAGGAGAUCCUCUCGCAGCAAUGUCAGCUGGAAGCGAAAAUGCGCAACAUCGGUCUGGCCCUUGGCAACCUUUCACUGGUGGCGGACAAGAGCCAAAACCUAUCGGCGAUGAUUGGCCACACCGCACAGCUGGCGGAAAACGUAAGCGCAAAAGUUCGCCGGCUCGAUGAGGCGCGCAGUCGUGUUUCCGAGUGUCAGCAACGGGUGCAUGAUCUGAUCGAUUUGCAGCUGUGCAGCCAGGGUGUGAUAGCGGCUAUCCGGGAGGAGGAUUUCGAAAAAGGCGCUGCCCACGUUAACCGGUUUUUGUCGAUGGACAAGAAUCUGUUGCAGAAAACGGCUGACGAUGUUUCGGGAUCUAUUACGUCCGUACGCAAAGCGGUGGAUACGCUGGAACAGGCUGCCGAACAAAUUAGGCAAAUUGUCAAUCAAAAGUUUGAUGAAGCUGUGAAGAAGGAUGAUUUGGCAUCGGUUGAACGGUUCUUCAAAAUAUUUCCCCUGCUGGGCAUGCAUGACGAGGGACUGGAAAAAUUUAUGAACUACAUCUGCUCAAAGUUACAAGUGAAGGCACAAAAAGAACUCCGAUCGUCAAUGGAUAUUGCUAAAGCGGAAAAGCGAACUACCGUGGCAUACUCGGACACGCUCACAAUUUUGCUGGAAAAUAUUGCGCGUGUCGUGGAAGUAAAUCAGGCCAUCAUUGAGAACUGCUACGGAGCGGGAAGAUUAAUCCAAGUCAUAGCCAUUCUUCAGCGGGAAUGCGACGAAGAAGUUGCCAAGUUGAUUUUAGAGUUCAACAAAAAUCGCCAGAUUGGCAGGAGAGUUGCGCAGAUUAACGACUAUAUUAAGAAUUCCGGUAACACAUCAACGAUGGGUCACUACCGGAAGGCUUCCGGUGGGGGAUCGUUUGACAAGCUGAACGCGAAAGACAUUGAUGCUUUGAUAGGAGAGAUUACUAUCAUCCAUUCGAGGGCAGAAUUGUACAUAAAAUUUAUCAAGCGACGAUGCGCGGUCGAUCUUGAGAAGAGCACCCUGAAACCCGAGGAAAAGGAAGCAAAACUGACCAAACUGGACGAUUUGAUUAAAAAGUCUCGGCUAAGCACACAAAUGCAGGAAGUCCUGGGAACGUACUUGCUCUUUGAGCGCUACUUCAUGGAGGAAAGUGUACUGAAAGCAAUCACCUUGGAUAACCUGGAAUCGGGUCAACACUGUUCCAGCAUGCUAGACGAUGUUUUUUUUAUCAUUCGGAAAUGUAUUCGACGCUCUAAUGGAACCCAGUCGUUGGAUGGGGUCUGUGCCGUGAUCAACAAUGCGGCCAGUUGCCUGGAGCAGGAUUUUACCAGUGCACUCAAAUCCCCCCUCAAAGCUGGCUAUCCGACGGGAUACAUGGAUCUUGCCCAGUCUGCUCUGCAAAAUUCGAUUCAGCAGGGUCGGCUGCAAACCAGUGACGUUGAACAGGCAAGGACAAAGUUUCUAACUACAUUAAACAAUGCCGACAUGUCCACGGAAUUCAUUGAAACUCUCUGGUCAAUGAUGGCAGACGAAGUAAAGUUGAAUUUUCCUUCCAUGACCGCGCGGGAGAAGGAAAAGCUAGAGAGCUGUCUGUCAUUGCUCAAAUCAGUCGGCGAUUCACUGAAGGCUCUGGUUGAUUUUGGGCUUCAACAGUUGCGGGCUUCAGCCAUUAAACCUCGGCUACAUCCUUGGGUUGAUCAAUUCAUCGGUCACAAUCAUAACCUGACGGAAGAAGAGCUAUCAACGUACGAAGCCGGUGAAACCUUUAUUCAGUUUUUGAUAGUUCAAGUUGAUGGCUUGCUAGCCAUGUUCAAAUCUUCGCUGACAGCAAGAAACUACGAUGCCUUGGUCAGUAUUGUUACUACUGAAAUCACUACACGGUUAGAGCGAGCUAUUAAGAAAUCCACCUUCAAUCGUCUCGGUGGACUAGUGUUGGAUCAGGAAUCCCGCGCGUUAGCUUCGUUCUUGACGGGAGCAACCUCGUGGUCCGUUCGGGAUAAAUUGGCCAAACUGCUGCAAAUGGCCACCAUUCUGAACUUGGAAAGCGUUUCCGAGCUGCCCGAAUACUGGGAGUCGGCGUCAGCGGCUUGGCGGCUGACACCCAACGAAGUGCGAACCAUUCUUGCGUUAAGAAUCGACUUCAAGAUGGAAGAUAUAAAGAAAUUGAAACUUUAAUGAUAGUUGGUAAGUUAUGCCUAUAAUAAACAAAAUGUUAUCGAAGUUUUAAACUGAUCGGUCGUACAGAUAAAGUAAUAUA